UCCAAACCGAGGGGAACCUUCUUCGACGAGAACGCAAUGCUGGUUCACCACACUUCGACUAAGCUCACGGUCGCCGACGUCGACUGGGCGAAGCCUGCGCGGCUCGCCAAAGCCUACCCUCAGCAGGUGAAAACAACAUGGAACCGUGAUGCAGAGAAUCUCAUCGUUCAGAUUCAGCUCGUCGGGUUGUUUCGUGCGUGUGCUCCAAAAGCGGGAAACUUUAACUCCGCUUCGAAUACCAUGUAUGUAGCGCACGACCUAACGGAGCGUUUAUCCCCGGAAAAAAUGUCGUUGGCCUACGUAGCAGACUAGCAGGGGAUGUGCCACGAAAUGCAUAGCUGGAGGUGAUGUUGUUGCAGGUGGCAUCACGGGUCAAUGUGAGAAAAACAUGCUCCAAUAUGUAAAGGUAUUCGUAUCUCCAGUAUCCAGUUACAGCUCUGCAUGGAUUUCAUGACACAUCUUUCUAACCGGUUUUACCUCGAACGGGUAGUCUUAAUUUGACGUUUUGAAGCAAACUUUCUGCACAAAACUCCCAUGAAAACUCGGAUGUGUGGCCUGCCUCGUGUGUGACUCCGGCUGGUGCGUCCAAACAUACCGAAACGUGUGAAGUGUCAAGACUGAUUUAACCUCUGCAACAAAUAAAUGGGAGU